UUAUCAACAAACUUGAAUCCCACACAGACCUCAGUCAACACAACUACAAAUAGAAACGGAGAAGACAGUUGACACCAACCACAACAAUGACAUCGGGGCCUAAAGUUUGGAGCCGUUCGCAGCGGAUCCCGGCAAGGGAUAACAUCGGGGCUAUCCUGCCGGCGGCUCAGCGUCCGGAUCCUAUUCCACAGUUGUGCGGAGAGGGGAGUGGGACCGUGAUGGGCUGGCUGCUCGGCUGGGAGUACGGCCGGAAGUGGCUGGAACGCCGCGAGGAAAUCUUGGAGCACCGCGCCAUGGUUAGCAACUUCGGACGCAUUCCAGCGGACUUUGAAUGGUGGCUUAACCAGCGCCGGCCGGCCAUGGUGCGCAAGCAGAGAUUCCGCAAGAAGACAGGACCCCGUAAAGUGAUCACGGCCUUCAAUGUUGCCAAGGAGCUGCGUGAAGCCCAAAACCGCAAGGUCAUGGAGAGCCUGGCCAAAACGCAUGUGAAUUAACACUCAGUACAUUUCAAUGUGUCCAUUGAGACCAAACUAGACCAAAAUUACUGAUUUAAGCUGGACCCAUGAUGACCACAAAAAUAAAUAAGGAACCAGAGGUAGUAUCAUCACUUAUUACUUAGAUACUACUUAUUUGUUAUUGAGAUCCUGAAGUACAAAAGCAAAUAAACUAGUCCGUUAUUGUGAUCCCCCUGCAGUCUUAUCAAA